AAUAGAGGGGAAGGAGCAAUAGUGAUGUCGCUUGUCCCCCCUGCCCAGUGUGGCUGGGUGGCGCCUCAGCGGGGGAGCGUGAGGCGGGGGAGGGUGUCCCCCUCCGCGCCGUUAAAAUGAAACUCUAGUGGUUGGAGUCAGGGCAGAGCGUGAGGGGAGCCGGCACUGGCGGGCUUAUUUAUCGCCCGGCGGGAGCGCCCAGUCGGGUACCCGCUAACUGGACUUUCCGACGGGCCCUCAUCUCGAGGCUGCAGCAGCUUCGGUUCCGAGCUUGACUGAAACGGAGCCCGAGUCCCGGCCCCUGAGGGGAUCGCUCUCUGCAGACCAGUGGGACCCCGAAACUUGAACGCAAUACCCACCCCCCUUUUUAUGCCUUCCUUUGUCACUUCCUCACCUUUCUCCCAGCGCGUUCUUUUUCUCCCCGCUCUUCAUUCUCCCUCCCUCGAAGGACACAAAAGUGGCUGCCGAGGAAAGAUUUGGAGGCAGUGGGAGCUUUUCUCUUUGGAGAGCGACUGUGUGGAAGGGAUUUUUGGGAAGCUGCUUUUUAACACCUCAGCCCUCUGCCACCCCAAGCCUCCCUGUACCUCUCUGAGGAGAAAAAGCCCGUAGACUGAAAGUUCGGGGGGCAUUUUGCUGGGUGCUGUUAAGAGGAGAGGGGGGAGGACCCCAUCCUCGUCCUGGUAGUUGGCUGGACUUGUACCGGCCGUUGGAAACCCCGAAGUACAUAUCCGUGUGGGACUUUACAGAUCUAUAUUUUUAGAUUUUUAAAUAUCAGAUAAAAAAAUAUAUGCUUUCUAUAUAUUUCCUGACGACCUGCCCCUGACUGCGCGAUGUACAAUACGGUGUGGAGUAUGGACCGCGAUGACGCAGACUGGAGGGAGGUGAUGAUGCCCUAUUCGACAGAACUGAUAUUUUAUAUUGAAAUGGAUCCUCCAGCUCUUCCACCAAAGCCACCUAAGCCAAUGACUUCAGCCGUUACAAAUGGAAUGAAGGACAGUUCUGUUUCUCUUCAGGAUGCAGAAUGGUACUGGGGGGAUAUUUCAAGGGAGGAGGUAAAUGACAAAUUACGGGAUAUGCCAGAUGGUACGUUCUUGGUCAGAGAUGCCUCAACAAAAAUGCAGGGGGAUUACACUUUGACUUUGCGGAAGGGAGGCAAUAAUAAGUUAAUAAAGAUCUAUCAUCGAGAUGGUAAAUACGGCUUUUCUGAUCCUCUGACAUUUAAUUCUGUGGUGGAGCUCAUUAACCACUAUCAUCAUGAAUCUCUUGCUCAGUACAAUCCCAAACUUGAUGUGAAGCUAAUGUACCCAGUGUCCAGAUACCAACAGGAUCAGUUGGUAAAAGAAGACAACAUUGAUGCAGUUGGUAAAAAACUGCAAGAGUACCACUCUCAGUAUCAGGAAAAGAGUAAAGAGUAUGACAGGCUAUAUGAGGAAUAUACCAGAACAUCCCAGGAAAUACAGAUGAAGAGGACUGCAAUUGAAGCUUUUAAUGAAACAAUUAAAAUAUUUGAAGAGCAGUGUCACACACAAGAACAACAUAGCAAAGAAUAUAUUGAGCGAUUUCGCAGAGAGGGGAAUGAAAAGGAAAUUGAACGAAUUAUGAUGAAUUAUGACAAAUUGAAAUCACGUCUGGGUGAGAUUCAUGAUAGCAAAAUGCGUCUAGAGCAGGAUUUGAAGAAACAAGCUUUGGACAACCGGGAAAUAGAUAAAAAAAUGAACAGUAUCAAACCUGACCUGAUCCAGCUGCGCAAGAUCCGAGAUCAGCACCUUGUAUGGCUCAAUCACAAAGGAGUGAGACAGAAGCGCCUAAAUGCCUGGCUGGGAAUCAAGAAUGAGGAUGCUGAUGAGACCUAUUUUAUCAAUGAGGAAGAUGAAAACCUGCCCCAUUAUGAUGAGAAAACCUGGUUUGUUGAGGAUAUCAAUCGAGUACAAGCAGAGGACUUGCUUUAUGGGAAACCUGAUGGUGCAUUUUUAAUUCGUGAGAGUAGCAAGAAAGGAUGUUAUGCUUGCUCUGUGGUUGCCGAUGGGGAAGUGAAGCACUGUGUGAUCUACAGCACUGCUCGGGGCUAUGGCUUUGCAGAGCCCUACAACCUGUACAGCUCCCUGAAGGAGCUGGUGCUCCAUUACCAGCAGACAUCCCUCGUUCAGCACAACGACUCCCUCAACGUCAGGCUUGCCUACCCUGUCCACGCACAGAUGCCCUCACUCUGCAGAUAAAGAGGGAGUGGGAAGAGAGGUCGCUCUCUAGCAUUUUUUUCCUACAGUUUUUAUUAGACUCUGAGGGCAUUCUUUCUACGUAGACUGCUUGUUUUGCACAAGAAGUGAUUCUGUGAAUGUGGAGAGGCCGAGCGGCAGCUGGCCAGGAUGGGGGCACAAGAGGCCUGAGGUUCUCUGAGACUCAGCUGGGCCGCUGCACUGACAUAGGAAGCUGGAAGCAGAUGUUUUUUUGGAAAGUCUGUUUCAUUGGGGCUUUUGUUUUGUUUAGCCAGGCACCCUCAAAAGAACACAUUAGGUUUGAUGGGGGUGGGGGGUUGGAAAUUUCUGAAGAGUCCACGUCCUCUCUUGGUCUUUGUCUCUGGGAAUGUGGCAGGGGCAUGGCUCUGUGGGGAGUUCUGUUUUGAUCUGGCGAUCUCUCUUAACUUCUUCCUAAAAUGAAGGCUGUUUUGGUUCUGUGGUAGAAUGGCAUUUGGUGAAAAAGACAACCAAAGGAAAAUGGGGAGGCUUGGGAUUUCAUUGAGAGAAUCUUAGUCAAGGGGGUAAAAACACCUUCAACUGAAGGUACUUUACUAACAUAAGUUAAGCGUCAACAUCUCAGUAGCUCCUCCCUCUAAAGAAGCAUUAUGUUUAGAAACCAAAUUGAUCUCAGCAGAACAAUGUUUGUUGCCAGACUAAGGUUUGAUGGAAGAAGACAGCACUAGUAUCUGAAUGCACACUUCUGUACCAAAACUUGAAAGUGAAAGGAAAACUAGAAUUUGUUAGUUUUAGCAAACACUAAAAUUGGUCAGUGUAACUCCUGCCCUGCCCUUGUUUCUCAGAGAUGAGAAAUAGUGUUCUUUUUGUGGGCAUGGUGAACUUUGAAUCAUAAAAUGAAGUUGGUGCUUGUGUGGUGUUUCCUUAGCCUAAAGAAUGAUCUGUUGUUGAAAAUUUUUGUAACUUGUUUGUAUGAGUAAAGAAAAGGUGCAAUCCAGUGCUUUUAGAUGGCUUGAUAUACCAAAUAAUGAUAUAGAACAACAGUCUUAUAUGUGCUUCCCAAAUUUGAAGGCCCUGCAGAAACAGUAAACAUGGUUUAAUUUCCCUUCAUCUCCCUGUCCUUUGUUGGGUAGGGCUUAGGGGAGCCAUGGGUGGCAAAGGUUGUAGCAGGAAGGGAGCCUGACUGUUGUCAGGGACCGCGGAGGCUCUGGUGUCUAGGGUGAGGGUCAUCCACAUUACCCGUGUGCUUCCAUGCAGUGGUUUCUGAAACUUUUGUAAGGAGAGGAAAUAAUGGCUUGGAGUUUAUAGACUGUUAGUAAAAGCCAUCUGGAAGUUUUUCUCUUUGCCAUUUUUGUGAGCCUGCCAUUAAGAUGAUGUGCACAGACGGUCCUCAUGCUCCAGUGGCCCUGAUUUUAGGCCAGGAAUCUUCCGCUCCAUGUGGUUUAAGCCUUCCAGCUGAGUGAAGCUAGGCGAAUGGAGCUGGGGGCAGGCAUGUACUCCUACCUCCUUUAUGCCCCACCCCCAUCAGUCAACACUCAUUCGACAAAUAGAGUUCAGCUGCCUCUGAGCCAAUGCUGGAACCAUAAUAGGCUCAGAGUGAGUCAGCUGUUUGAGUCCAAAGCUGUGCAGUCAGGCGUCCUGGCUGAACUAGAGAAGCAGCCAAUAUCUGGGUCUUGGUACAUAAGGUUUACAGCUAGGAAAGCUUUAGUUAUGGAAUGAAAAAAAUAAAUACUGCUUUCCCUGAGCACUUAUCUUGGUGACAGGGUCUAGAAUGGACCAUGAUAUAAAAAUAGAUUAAAAAUUUUGGAAAAAGCUCUAGAGUUACUAACAAUGAGGAUAGGAAGGAAAGGGCCUAUCUUCGGCUUUUCUUUGGUUCCAUUGCAGUUUCAGGAUUAGGCGAGGCAGACAAAUGAACCCAUCCUUCCAGUGUCAUGUUCUGACUUAAGCCCUUAGCUGAAAGCCAGCUGCACACCUCUUCUCCACAUUGCCAGGCUGAAAUCUUAAAGGUUUUACUGAGUAAUGUCAGGCUAGUUGCUGCUGGAUGGCCUUCCACCUGGUGUUGAACCUGCUUAAGCAGUUGGAUGCUCCAGAUUGGGUGCAAGAAACCCCUCCUUUCUGGUAUUAAAAUUUAGUGUGUUCUGACUCUCUUUAAAAUAAAAUGGGAGUAAGGAUGCACGCCUGUGACCUUGAGCAGUGUGUUGCUCCUUUUUAGGCAGAUACAAAGGGUGCGUGGGGAGGGAGCUAGGACCAUCUAAUACCUAAACUUACAUAUAAGGACUGGCUUGUGGAGAAGGACUGCUCUUUUUUUAAUCCUAUAUUCCUUCACUUUUUCUUUCCUAUUUUUCAUUCUUGAAUUUGUUGCUUUGUGGGAACUAAGGAUCAUUUGAGAGGUUGGAAAGUAUCUCUUCUGACUAGUUGCCAUAUGAUUUGCUUGAUCCUGAGCCAGUGGAAAUGGCAUAGGGACCAAUCUGCUAACCACAUGGAGGGGCAGUAUGCAGCUCCUAUACUUCAUGGUCUUGGCGGCCUUCAUCUGAGCCUAGCUAGCUCUGUGUCCUGUCCCAUGAUUUAGGCCCUCGGACUCUUUCUCUCUUGGCAUCCUAACUGCAGCUUCACUGAAGCAGAGAGUAAAGAGACAGACUAAGACCAGGGGGCUCAUUGUUUUUCUGGCUGGGGAAGCCAGCCACCAGCAUGGAAGCAGCUUGAAGCUGGCUGAACACAGGUCCUAGGCCCAUCUUUUCCGGGUGGAGAUUUCAUCACAGAACAAUGGUCUCUGUCUCUUCCUGAUCAUAGAUGGUAAAUCUUGGCCAGGGCUCAGGACUGUAUAGGCUAACUGUGUCCUUACCACUGAUUUGGCCAAGGUUGAGGACUUCUAAUACCUCCCCUACUCCAUCUCCAAGCCUUGAUGGGACCUCCCACUUACUUUGGACCUCAUGUGCUCUAAAGAAGCAUUGAUAGCCAAUGUGGCGUCUUCCAUAGGUCUCCUCUUCUUGCUGCAAGGAACCAGCCUCAUGGGUCCUCUUGGCCAAGAAUUGCAUCUGGACAAUUCCUGGUUACAAGGUGGUCUCUGUUGCCAGUUAAGACUCCAGAGUAGGCCUCUGUGAGGCUUCUGUGGCCUCAAAGCAGAGGGUACAGAUGGGGGCCUGGCUGGGCUCCCUGCUGUCAGCUGCUCAUCCUUUCCCUAGCUCUAGCCACUUGUGACAACCUUGUUUCCUUACAAAUUCCAGCAUGUGACUUUGGUGCCCUGUUGUUACUUGUGAAAAACCUAUUCUUCUGUUGUCUUUGAUGUAGUUAAAAAAAAACAAAAAAAAAAAAACCACGUAGUUUACGUAAAAAUAUCUGAUUCACAAAGAAGCCAACUAUAUGUCUUGUGUUGGGACAGUUCAUAACGUAGUUCCUAGACCACUUUUGCAAAUUGUUCUUGUCACCAGAUGUGUUCAGACAUUGCUGUGCAGUUGUGGGGAGGGUGGGGGGUAAGCGAGGGGAGAUACUUUUUGGUCUUUUGUUUUUUUAUCUUCCCCAAGAGGGGACAGUCUGGCCAACUUGCUCCAGUAAUGCAAUAAAGACAUUGCAAUAAA